UCUUCAACUCUCUUGUGUUGUUUACUUCUCUCUCACUUUUAUUGCUUAGCUCUUCAAUGGAAUCAGGCCCUAGUCAUCAAGAGCAGAGUAGCAACAAGUUCUUGAUCAAGCUCAAGAUGCCUGUGAAGAUGGAUCAUCAUGGUGAUCAAGAAGUUGCUACGAUUCAGCAUGUGACAAAUAAUACUCCGAGGGUUUGUCCACAGUGUAAUAAGGAGUUUGGGUCAGGGAAGGCUUUGGGGGGGCAUAUGAGGAUUCAUGCUGAGGCUAUUAGGAAGCAGCAGAGGCGACAGAAGAUGGUUGGUAAGUUGAAGGAUGAGGAGGAUGGUGUGGGGUUUCAGCGUUUGAUGAACAAGAAAGCUGUGUGUAAUCUUUGUGGGAAGAAUUUUCCGUCUAUGAAGUCUGUGUAUGGGCAUAUGAGGUGUCAUCCUGAUAGGGACUGGAGGGGUAUUCAGCCACCAGAUGAAGUUUUGGUUGAGAAUCUUGAUCAAAGAAUUUCUGAUGAGGAUUAUGAGGAGGAGGAUGAUGGUAGUGUUGGUGGUGGUGAUUGUGGUCCGGUGGGGGAUUUAUUGGCGGAUAUUCCUAAGUGGGGUGAAAAGGCCAGGCGGGGACAGAAGGGUGUUAGGAAGAGUUCUGUUGAGGCUGUGGGGAGCUCUGGAGUUAUGGUUUCCGAGGAGGAAGAUGAAGAAGAAGAAGACGAUGAGGAUGAGGAUGAAUUUGAGGAUGAGGAUGAGGAGGAGAGGCUACGUAAUGCGGUUAAUGAUCUGAUGUUGUUAAAACAAGUGGAUGUCUCGGGGUCUUCUGGGGUAAGUACUCUAGCUGCUGCUGCUGAAAUUUCGAGGGAUGUGAAUGCAGGGCUUGAUCAAAACCAGGAGGGUAGUUAUGGUACUUCUUUGACUGUUAACAAUAGGGGGGAGGGAUCUGGUAAUGUUGAAUUUCGGGCUAGUGGUUUUGUGCAGGGGGGUUAUAAGGAAAUGAAGAGGAGUUUUGGGAUGGUUGAGGAUGAAUGUCAUGAUCAUCUUGUGAUGGAAAAGAUGAGAAUGGGGGAAGGUGGGUCCGACGAUCAUGUGAUCAAGAAUAUGAGUGAUCAUCAUAUGGGACAGGAGGCUAAUGCUGCUCAUCAUGUUGUGGAAAAUUAUGGUGAUUAUGAUAGCAGGAGGACUGAAUUGAUGGUCAUGAACAAUGGUGGUCACAAGGACUUUGACUGGGCUAAUCAUAAGGAGGAUAAUGGGGAGAUGGUGAUGGGAAGUAGUAAGAACAAAAAGGCGAAAAAAAUGAAGCUGAUGAUGGAUUUGGAUCAAGAGAAAGCAUCAGCUGCAGGAAGUUCAGCACAGGGGAUGGUUUCGGGGUCGACAACUACUGAGAAAUACAGAUGCAGCACUUGCAACAAGAGUUUUUCUAGUCACCAAGCACUUGGUGGCCACAGGUCAAGUCACAACAAGUUCAAGCUCACAAUCAUCAACGGCGACUCUGGCCUGAAUAAUCAGUCUUCAUCUGUCAAUGCUGAUCGUCACAGGGCGGGGAAUGAAGGAUUUGAUCAGAACCUGCACCAGCUUAUUACUCCUGGUAUGGAGAACUGGGUGAUGAGUCAAGACUGUGCCAACAAAAAAGACAGCACUAUUGAAGGUGCUGGGAGCUCAAAGGGUGAUCAUAGCAGUAGCAUUAUUCACCAAUGUGAGGUCUGCAACAAGAUAUUCCCAACAGGCCAGGCUCUGGGGGGUCACAAAAGGUGCCACUGGACUGCUUCAGCUGAUCAAACUGACUCUCAACCUCAAGCUCAAGCACCAUUGGUGAUGUCAUCAUCGGGCGAAGAAGCCAGCACGCAGACAGGUGGCACCCACAUUCAAACUAUCAGCAUUGAUCUUAACCUGCCACCUCCCAUGGAGGAUGAUUUAGAAGCACAGGGUGGUGGGGGAGGUGGUGCUGCUGAACAUGCAACAAGGUUACAUUUAUGAUCUUGUUUCUGAUUCUAAAUCUAUUAUACUUAUAUGGGAAAGUUAUCUAGUAGAUAAUUGAAUAUUUGCAGCUUCAUUUUUAGCAGAGUGAUCUAACUAGUAAGCUCUAGAGGUUGUUUGCCUCCAUAAUCUUGUUAAUCACUUGUACUGCAAGGAGUCAGGUCUUUCACUCAUCAGGAAGUUCUUGUCUUUUGUGUUUAUUUUCUUCAUGGGAAAGUGAAACAUAGUAAUCUGUGAAGAGGAUUCAAAGAAGCUACUUCCUUUUCUUUGGUUUUUAUGGAUGUAUGAGAAGAUAGUAUUGCU